AUGGGCCGGCCACCGAACGGGGGAGGCCCCGCAUUCCGGUUCAUUCCCAGCGAGGUACCCAUGCCACGAGAAGGACGAAAAUAAUGGAAUUUUUGAGUGAGCCGUACCUAGUUCCUUUUCUAUAAUCUGAUUAUCACCCGCUACCGAUUUGUCGGCUCCGUUUCUUCCGCGCUAGUACUGGAGAAAGAAGGCCGAACGGCACUUUUAGUCGACGGGUUUGGCUCGUGACUGCUCUACGGAUCCGCUCACCAACGCAGUGCCGCGAUCGUUGGCCUUGCACUGCGACGUGAAGUGCUUUGGUGUUUCUUGCCGCCACCAUCCAUCGCACACAAAUCCUUUUUUUAUGGAUCACGCAAUGAGCUUGCCAGGCGUUGAAAAUAAUUACGCAUGGGUUAAUGGCCAGCUGUUUUAUACUGACUGGAAGUUUUGAUACGCCAUGUUGCACGGGAAGACUAAGUAUAAUCCAGAGUGACUGGUUGCUGCGGUUUUCCCGGAUGAUCGUCAGAUUACGUACCCUCGUUACUCGAUUUAAAUUUUUUCUCCUGGGUUUGAGUUCUAGAUUCGCCUGCAGGUGAUGGAGAUGGAAGCCUGCUUGCAGGAAACGAAUAAUUCUUUACCUGAUCGCGAAGUAAUCAGCUCCCUAGCGGAGAGGUUCAGGUAUUCUCUGUCUCGUUACCUGGUACUGCGGCUUCAGAAAUCCGAGGCCAUUGUUGCUAUCGUGAAAUAUACGAAUCUAUACCUCGAUUUGGAGGAGUUCUAAUGUUGUUAUUUUUUUCUUGAUUACAGUGCUUCUGCUGAGCGAGCUGGCAAGGUUAUCAUUCAAGCCAAGCAGGUUAGAGGAACAAAUUAUUUUGCUUAGCUUGAGAUGUGAAUCUUGUAGUGAAACCUGUUUGAAACCACGCCAGGUUUGGAACUGGUUCCAAAAUAGAAGGUAUGCUCAAAGGGCAAAGAUGGUGAAGGUACCUGGGAAGUUGAAUGUAUCGCCAUCUUGGGACGACUCAUUUCAGUUCAGAAACGUAGCUCCCCCUAUAACUUCUGCGCCACGUAUGAAUAUAUCCUUCCUAGAUAUUCAAUAAAUUUCUUAUUUUUUUAUAACAGAACUUUUAUAAUUUCUGAUAAGUUAGAUGAAUUCCAGCUGUCUCUCAGGCUUCAUUCUGUUUGUUUUAUCCAUUAGAACAUGAGCCUUUCAGUGUUAAUGUCAUGCUACAUUUUUUCGCAUUCAAUCAUUCUUUUCAGUUUCUAUCUCAUUGUUUGUUUGCUAAAACAGGCAUCUCAUGGUGUAGGACCCUGCGAAAUUAUAUUGGUUGACAUAAAUACAGCGAAUCAUGUUGAUAUAUAUAUAUUUAUAUAUGUAUUUGGAUGUGCAGCACGGAGUUCUUCAGACAGGAAUCAAAUGGAGUUUGAAGCCAAGUCCUCUCGAGAUGGAGCAUGGUUGGUAGUUCUUUUUCAAGCCUUGGCAUUGAAAGAUAGCCCAUAAUCUAAUCACACAGAUUCUUUAUUCUUGUUUGCUAGCUCAUUAUCUAGCUGUAUAUUUUUCACUGGAAAGGUGCACGUGAUUAUUAUCUUCCCAAUACUAUUUCUCUCCUUUUUUGCUGCAUAAAUGGCCGUAGCCAUCUCUUUCUUCAUCUACGUGGGGCAGACAUCUAUUUAGUGAAGAUACCCUCUCUUUCAAAUGCCAGAUUAUCGUGCUUUUCCUGCACUUUGAGUCUCUACUCUUUAUUGGGGAAAAGGGAGUGCCUCAUUAUUCUCCUUUUAUGUUAAAGUUUCACAGCAGUGAUUGCAGAGUAUGCUACUUGUAAUGCAGGAAAAGGGUUAAAACUAGUUGUUUCGAAACUUGCAACUCUCAGUAGGGUAUUGACAUUACCAAAAUUUUGAGGCCAGGUAAGUUAACGACCUGCUUCUAGAUGUAGCAGUACGUGAACUAUUCAUUUUUCCUGCAUGUUUUUCUCCUAAUUGCUUAUUUUUUUCUGAGAGUUCAGGAAAUCUCGACUAUGUCAUGUUGACUAGAUGUAAUAGCAAAUGUGGCUGAGGGAGGAAAGAUGAUUCUGGGGGAUUCCUCUGAGAUAAGAUAUAGGAACCUUCCAACUCUUCGUUGUUUCCGUGACCUAAUAUCAGCAAAGCUAUUGGAUAGCAUCACUGGAGCUUUGCCAACACAUCUUCGUUGUUUCUGCAAGGAGGAUUAUUGUGAAACUUUCAUUUCAUUGUUCACGAUGACAAUUACUAUUUAUAUAUUCCCUCUGGAGAAAAAUACGACUUUCCUUAUUGAGCUCUGUGUUCUGCCUCCUUUGCUAUUUCAGUUGUUUGAACCAACUGGUAUUUGGUGUCUUGACCUGAUAUCUAGGUCCUUGAAUUUGUUUUCCUUCUCUUGUUCUAGUGAAAGCUUCUUUAUGCUUUGACUCAAGUUUUUAAGGAAGGGGCUCCCUGAGCUAUGGCUAGACAGCACGUGAAUAAACAUAUGGCUUAAAAUAUCUUUUUUAAAAGGGAGAGACUUUAUUGGUGGAUCACGCAUAAGCUAUCGUUCACACAAUUCAUGAUUAUCCCCUCUUCUAAUACAGCUUGCCCUUUGCUGCACAUGUCAGGCCAUGGUUCAUGAUCCUGGGGCAGUUUCUAGUAAUUUGGAGCAACAUAGUAUGCAUAUGGAAUAAUUUAUGAACUCUUUGUACAUUUUACAUUUUUGUGCUAUUAUCAGAGUCGGCCUAUGUACAGACCUGAUAUAGUCGUCCUUUUCUCAGUAUAUUUACUCGAAGUCACUAUUUGAUUAGGUGUUCAUUGUUUAGUAGUUCAAUCCUAUUUGUUGUGUUUCCAUUCUCAGGUAUGAUGUUGCACAGUUUACAUCUCACAGAAUGAUUGAGACUGGUGAUCCGGUAAUGAUCUAUAAUUAAAUUCUCACAGUUUUGAUUUGAUUGCAUGUUAGGUUUUCCGGAUUUAUCCGGCCGCCAGUGAGUCAAAUCAAUUUGUUUAAAUGUUAUGAAGAAGAACCCAUGACGAUUGGUUUUGUUUUGCCCAAAUUUUUUUUUCUUUACUCUGUUUCCGUUACAUCUUCUCCGUUCAAAUCUUCAUUACCAAAAGAACAUGGGUGAAGGCUUUGCAGUUCGUUUUUCAUGGCAUGACCACAAAUUGCAUUCUAAACCAGUUUACAACUGAUGUGUUUUGAGGCUAUUUUUUGCAUUGUGCGUCCAUUUUUUUAUUUAAAUUCGCGUACAAGUUUUCUCAAGUUAUUUCUUGUGACUAGAAAUGUCCUUUUCAUUUCAGGAAGUUCGUGUUCGCUUUACUGGCUUUGGAAUAGAGGAAGAUGAAUGGAUUAAUGUGCGGAAGUGUGUGAGACAGCGUUCUCUCCCAUGUGAAUCAUCAGAAUGUGUCGUCCUUCUUCCUGGAGAUCUUAUACUGUGCUUUCAGGUGCUUCAUCUUACGUGGAUAACGCUCCAUUUAAGAUAUUUAAAUGGAGGCGAUAAGCCUUCUUUAAACUCUUAGUUGCUCAAGCAUUGCAUAGAAAUAAGUCUAUAACAUGUUCAACUGAGGAAGCGAUUUCUUACCUGCCAUCUCUUCUAAGAAUAAAGUUAUGGGGCUCUUGGAUCACUUUGUCCACGGCCAAAUCAUACUUUGUCUGGGACCGAUAUAUGUCAAAAAGGCGUAGGAUGGAUCAGAUUUAUCUUCUUGGUCACUUGAAAGUCUAAAUCAAGCUUUUUUUUAUAAUGAUUGCCUUUUGAAAUCAAAGAUAUUAUUGAAAUUUCUAUAAACUUUAAUUUUUUUUACCGAUAUUGGAUUUUCCCUGGGCUGACUAUUUUGCUGAUUCCAUGCCCAUCUUGUUUUUAUGAGACCUGACUGAUUCACCAGUCAGGUAUGUCACUGAGUCUUAUUGAUGCUGAAGUUCCUCAGAACUUGUGACUGGUCAAUGACUUGUGAGCAGUCAAUAAGGGAUGUAUUGACUUCAACAUCACUAUGCUGCAUCUUACCCAUGAAUUGUCAGCUUAGGACUCCAGUCUCAAAAAGCAACUGGAAGCUUUCUCUCGCUCAUGGUAAAAGCUUUGCGGCUGUUUAAACGUUAGUCGACAUCAGUCAGGGGGGUGAGGGAGUACUAUUCGUAGAGAUUGAAAAGUUCCUUAUUGCCACUAGCAGAGUGAUAAUUAUCCUUCACACGAAAGUAAGUUGGAGCGUGUGUAGAUCUGAUCUGGGAAAUAAACAAACGGAAUUAAUAAUUUAUUGAAAAGAUAAAACAUUAAAAUAAAAGUUUAGAUGUCAAGUAUGAAAGAAAGAAAGAGAAUCAUUUGAUUGAUGAGAAUUUUAAAAUUAAAAAUAAUAGGAAGCAGAGAAACAUCAAUCUAGAUCUACUGCAUGGUACCAGUUGCUCUUGUGACAUGGAGCCUGUGGGAGAUGAUUUUUUCUUGCUACGAGAUUCAUCUUUAGGGCCUUUCUCAUGCUUUUUUUGACAGGUUUAGAUUUGGAAGUCACAUUUUUUUCCAAGUUGCAUUAGAUUUCAUUAUAUCAAUGAAACUCAAACUAUCAAGGUUUGCUAUAUGGGCCUCAUAUCUCGGCAGAUGUUUUUUACCAUCUACUUUCAUGACUGCAAAAAACUUCAUUUCCAUUCAUGGGUACCAAGGUAUGCCACCUAUGUGUACCUCGCAUGGAAAUCACAAUGCUUGUGAAAACAUUUGACACUUUAGAUCCCAUUCAAUGUUGAGCACCACCCAAUGAGUAUUCCCUUCGUGAUCACGUUUUCCACUUAACAAGUGCAAAAAACUGUAAGAAAUAGAACAUUUUGGCUCCCAAUAUGGUGCGGGUAGAGUGCCCUUAACAGGAGACCCCUUAUUUUGUUAAUGCAUUAUCCAUCGUUUCAUCCCGUAAUAGUUUCUUGAGAGGAUCACAUGUUCCUCGCCAACCUGGUUCUUCAAUGUUCACAGUAGUCCUUGAUGGCUGUGCCCUAGUUUUACGAGUUUAAAUCGUGCUGAAGUUAAUAACUUCCCCUGAAUAUCUGGUUUAGCAAAGUUUUUAACUGAUUCUUGGCCAGGCGCUUUGCCGCAUUGAGCUCCACGACAUGAAGACAUUACUUCAUGAGAACAUGCGAUGUAAAUGUGUAUAACUUUUAUCCCCUAGAGAAGACCAUGUCGUCUGCAUAGCGACCUUAAUGAAUGAAUCGUGCUGUGCCCUGGGGAAGAUCCUAAAACUCAUACGUAGAAUGGGUUUGCUCGGCAUUGGAUAGACGUUUCUGCAAAAUCUUGGACAUGCUACAAGUGCUGUGCCGAUCCACUCAUUCUUGCAUGCUAAUUAUGGUUUCCUCGCUCGGAGUUGCUGUGGUGCCGAGCAUGGUUUAGUGCCAUACGGAUUUUUUGGUCCAAUGCCUCAGUGCAAUAGGGAACUCGUCUUUGUACUUUUCACCGUUCAUACCAGACAAAACAAUAAAAUUGGGAGACAGUCUUGUGAAAGGCAUACAAUGAAAAUGAAAAAGACAAUGGAAGCAUAUUACAUUCCUUCCUAAAGGGACGCUUUGAAAGGGUUUCCUUUUUUGGCACCAGUCAUUUAAUCGAGGAUGCUUAGCAUCAUUUCCAGGAGAUCAAAGAACGACGAUCUGAAAUUAAAUGACCCAUUCUAAGUUUUGUGAUGUCUUCUGGAUUUUUAUUUUUUUUUCAGUUAGACUCUUGUGCUCUUUGGUGCCUAAAAUUUGUUGAUUUGAUUUUAGUGGACUAUACAUACCUGACAAGAAGAUGUUCGAAAUGCAGACCCCAACCAGAGUCGCAUAAUUCCCCAGUUUAGUCGCUUUCCCCAUCUAUUUCAACCUGCUUUUCCAUGUCUGAGCAGAAAUAGGAGGGCUAGAAGAUGGAAGGUAAAUGAUAUUGAGUCGCUUUUCCAUGUCUGUUGAUGUAUGCUUCUUCUGGGCCGAUGGAUUUAUAGUGGAAUAUUCCACUGUCACUUUUAAUGCAGCCUAAAUGGAUGAUAUGGGUGAAACACAAGGUAAACUCGGACUUCUUGAGUAUUGAAAUGGGCUUCCUUCUAAACCUGCAAAUAAUAUGGGAUUUUGUUGGUCCCUUUUACAUUUUAUCCCCUUUCUGGCCUCCUUUCGCCGAAGACAAAGAAUUGGGAAAAGCUGGCUUUCCAGCCAUGCCUUCAGACUGUUUCUUACUCCCGUUCCCUUCAUGUCACCAGAGGUUUAAGUGAAGAAUUAAUGGAGGUUCUGUUUUCGGUUGCCUGAAGAAUCAUUUGUCAAAGUUAGGGGGCAGAUGUAUGUAAAAAGACGCAAUUUGUUAAUAAAUUGAAGGAAAACUGGGGGGAGAAUUUUGGUCAGAAGGAGCACAUUAAUGUCGGGCCAGAAGCCAAAUAUUUGGGAUUGAAAACUAGUGACGUGGGAACCUGUUACUCUUUAUUCUGAAGAAUUUAUACCGAUUAUAGAGUGUUACGUCAUGUGCUAACCCUUUCAGCCCUCUAGGCUUGUUGAGAACCAAAUAAUUCUGAGGAAAUAAGGAUGCAUUUAGUUUUAUCGUUAAAUAAUGUCUUCCUUUAUAAGCAGUGUUCUCUCGUCUUGAACUGCAUUCAUAUUUUCUACAUGCUUCGAAGCAACACCUCAUCAUUGAGAUAUAAUAAUUCGAUAAUUUGAUGAUGAUUGCUCUUCCAGGAAGGGAGAGAGCAGGCUCUCUACUUCGACGCCCACGUCCUUGAUGCUCAAAGGCGAAGGCAUGAUGCCCGUGGAUGUCGUUGUCGGUUUCUAGUUCGCUACGAUCAUGAUCAGUCCGAGGUAGGUCCCAGUUCUAGCAUAUGAUUCACAAAAUUCUUCUGGGAACCUCCAGUUUUAUGCCAGUCUGAGCUUUUAUUUCCCGACUCGUGUAAUAGUUUUAUUUGGGGCUUUUUGGAUCUGGGAUGUUCAUCCUCGAGAGUUUAGUUUAGUUGCGCGCGGAGUGGGCCUUUUCAAUUUCGGGCCUAUUUAUGAAAAAUUAUCUGUCUGCUGGAUUCUCUCAUCGAUCACAGCCAGAAUUAUCCGUUCACAUCGUCUCGUUUUUCUUUUUGAGUGUUCUUGUGGUAUGCAGAAGUGCUGAAUCACUACUCUCCGACUCAUUUCGAAAUUGUAUGAGUUCAGCUUUUUAUUUUGUUAUCAACAUAAAUUACAGGAACCGAUUCCUUUCCUCUGAUGUGAUUAACGAUCCUAUCCUCUCUUUCGAUCGGAAGGAAAUUGUCCCUCUGAGGAAGGUCUGCAGGCGUCCAGAAACAGACUACAGGCUGAGAAUUCUGCGCUCCACCAAGGCGCAGGCCGCCAUGGACUCGGGGACCACCGCAAAGCACCCUGUUCCCCCACCCCAGCGACCACAGAACCAGGAGAGGCCGAUGGGCGUCGCCGCAGAAGAGGAGGCCGUCAAUUCCCAUCCUCCGUCUCCCACGAGUGAACCCGCCCAGAUGGAGACCUCCCCUCCGAUCGCCGGUGAGAGCAACGACGGAGCACUAGUUCCAGAUGCUAUGGAUGGAGCCUCCGCCGCUGCUGGCGGCGAGGUCCCCUCAGGCAGAGGAACAGCGUGA